AUGAAAACCGCAAUUUCUAUCCCUACAAAAACAGAUGAUAGCAUUCCUGAUCUCUCUAACGUUGACCAAAGCAACUCGGUGAGGCCACGAGCCAUCGUUAAACCUGAGGUCUCUAAGUCCGAUGGAGUCUCCAUAACUAGCCCUUCUGGCAACUCCAGCUCCUCUUUUUCCUCACUUAAGCCAUUAUCACCAUCUUUGUGCUUGGCUUCGCCAUUCCGAGUAAAACCAACUGCUCCAAAUACCGAGCGCACACUUAGCCCUCAUGUGAAUGCUAGUGCUAAUUCCGGGGCUGAGCAAGAGAUCAAGCAAAGUCAUCAACCUCAUAAGCAACCUCCAAAACAAACACUUCAAUCAAACAGAUCCUCACUACUUCAUAAUUGUAGGCAACAACAAGUCUCCAAAAUGCAGCAAGUUCAUCAGAAUAAAUCGCGGUUUCAAGAGCAUCCUGCCUCAGGAACAGGCCCCGGUCAAUACCAGCGGCCGUGUCUAGCUGAAGGAUCAGUCAAAGAGGUUGUUUUAUUCGGCAAGAGACAGCCUGGUCCCAGAUCCGAAGACUUUAAACUCUUUAGGCCCCCACAGUCCAUGAAUCAGGCAUUUCAAUCCGAUCCUCGCUCCCAUCAGCAGCCACAAUUAAAGCACUGGCCUCAUUGGCCUGGUCCCCUCCCUUAUUUUGGCCCACCUGGGCAACUUAAUCGAGCUUUUCCUGGACCUAGACGAUUUGCACCGCCACCUUCCACUGAAAUACCGCACAGGCUCCCUGAACAUGUAGUUUUUAACUCUGAAGACAAAACUGGUUAUACCAAUAGUAGUUAUGGCAGUCCUGGUAAUCUUGAUGCUACUAGUAGCUUUUUCAACACUGGGAGAAGAGACUACAAUGGACCAAAUUAUUGUGGAAACUACCGAGCCCCUGACAUGAAUUUUACUAGCGAAAGUGGUAGCAGAUAUCGGUGCUAUCGCUGGAUUAAUUCAUCUUCGAAUUCGACCUUUCAUCAACAACUUGGGCACCGAGAGCAAACGGAUCAUUCCUCUGAUUUUGGUAACGAAGGAAACGUUCUUUAUAAUAAUCUUGUGGAAUUUGUCAACAUAUCGGACAAAUAUCCAGUAGAGACAAAGCAUGAGAUGGAAAUGGAUACUGGCACAUCGCGAGCCAAUACACAGGAACAGGUUGACGGGUAUACGCAAAAAAUUACAUCAGAAUGA